AUGGAUUCUAUCAAUGAGAGAUGCACUAAUUCAAUCAAAAGUAAUGAAGAAAUUGAAAAACUAUGCACUCCUGAAUAUAAUAAUUUUAUAGACAAGGCAAUCUGUUUGUUGAAUAAUGGAUAAACAUUUUAAAAGCUUUUUGUUUGUCAAAAUAUUCACAAAGCUACUGAGCUUGAUUUUUAUGUUCCAGAACUUGUCGCAUUGAUGAUUGUAAAUCUCCAUUCCCAUUAAUUUUAGAAUAAGCUUAAAAGUGAGGACUCAUAAGUGAUCAAGGAAUUGAUCAAGGCUCUAAGUGUACUCAUCACCUUACUCAAAGAAAAUGUGUUAAGCAAAAUUAGAGAAUAAUUUUUGAAGUAACUCUAGGAGUUAUGUUUUAACUAUUAUAAUACCCCAUUUUGUGAUUAAGUAUGCGAGCUAAUGCAAACUCUAUCCAAAUUUAUGGAAUUCGAUUUCCAACCCUAUCUACUUAUUUUAAAUGAAGAUAGUGUCAGGUAUGAAGCAUUAAAAGUUAUUUAAAUGCUCUACCCUGUUAUGACUAGUCCUUAACAAGUCCAAUCAUUGAAGCAUGUAAAAUAAUGCAUCGGGAGAAAGAAUGAGCGCAUGUGCAGAAUAAUCGACCAAGUCAUACUCAAUAAUGAUAAAUUACUUAUGAUACUAAUUAAAGAGGAGGAAUGGCUGAAGAAUACCAUAUCGUUGAUCUCAGACUUCGAUAAAUAAGUUAGAUUGAGUGGGUGUAGACUAUUUCUCAAUUCUUGGUUGAAGAUGGAAGAAUAAGGUUAUGAGGGUCAUAUCAAAUUCUAAGACACUCUCCAACAGAUAAUACAGUUCAUAGAAGAUGAUCCCAAAAUCAUCACUUUAGUAGCUUAAUGCAUUUCAACCAUUAAAACAGAACCCAUUUAAUAGGCAUUCAUGGAUUACAUAAGACCUCAACCUAUUCAAAUUGAACUAAUUAAGGAGUACUAUCAAUAUGUCUAUUAAUUUGACUCAAAGAUUCGAUAACAAUAUGAUGACUUUCUAAUCAAUUAGGUAUCUAAUCUAAUUGAUACCAGUAAAGAGUUUAGUUUUCUUAAACAUCUCUCAGACGUAUACACUUAAUUAAGUGAAUAAACACAUCAAUAACUUCUCGGUUUAGUAUUUGGCAAUUUAGAGUUGAAUUAGAUUUUAUUCAUACCUUAUCUCCUUGAUAUCAUCAAUAAGGGGAACAGAAUCAAAAACAGACAGUUAGCUGUUCAAUUGCAAAGAACCUUUGACUUUUUAAAAAAGUCUAUUUUUCAUUAUGAAUAGAAAGGUCUUUGGUAUGAAGUUGAAGAGACUCUCAAUAUUUUGGAAUGUCUGGCUAUUAACUUAAACCUCAAAUCUGAAUUGAAUUCUCUAUGUUUCUCAUACCUAUCAAUGGGAUCUUAACACAUUAGGAAAAAAAUCUGUGCAUAUUUGAUAGAUUAAAUAAUAGAAAAUUAUGAUAAAGUUGUACCUCAUUUUCUAUAAUAUCUGACUCACACUAAUUAUUCAUAUAGAGUAUUAUUCAUUGACUUUUGUAUCUAAAUUUGUCGAAAAAGAAGCAGAAACUUUUUCAAACAUUGCAAUUUAAUUUAGGUCUUAUCAUUACAAAAUGAUCCAGUUUAUUUGGUUAGAAUGAAGUUUGUACAAUUAAUUUAUGAAAUGAGAUUGCUCUUCUGGAAUGAAGAAAAAGACUUAGUCAUUAAAUUGUAAUAAACUUUUCAACAAUUUCUAAAUGAUAAGAAGAUCAUAGUUUAAUAAUUGGCAAAAGAAAUAAAUCAAAAACUUUAACAAAUUCAUUUUCAUCAUCCUGAAACCAUAAUUAAAUAAGACCAUGCCAAUAAUUUGAAAGAAAAUGUGGAAACCUUCUAACCUAAACAUUAAAUAAGACUCAAAACUCCCACAAAAAAUAACGCUACCGCAAGAUUACACACCCCAACAAGCAAAGUUUCUUCGUAAACUCCAACUUUAAAAAAAUAAUAAAUUUUGUUUUCUAAACCUUAAACAAAAAGCACUUGCGUUCAACUACCUAAGGUGCCCCCAAAAUAAAAUAUCUCUAAGACUUAGUCAUUUUAAAAAAAUUCUAAAGAUUAUUGA